AUGGCGAAGGAAGUUUCUGGAGAAUAUGGUUCAAUGUUUGGACCACCUUCUCAACCGGUUUAUAACUGUUGCGCUGGAGAAAUCUCAAACAACCUAACGAAUACUUAUACAAAUUUUACAUCGAUUUCACCCAAAUCCGAUUCUUCGCACAGUAAAAAUGCCCAACCCCAGGAAUUCGCAUCAACGACUCAGGUGUUUAAACAUUCUUUAAUAGAGUCAACAGCGCCUCAAAUCACGCAGACUAUAAUCGCAGGAGAAUGCUGUAGCGAGUGUUGCCCAGUGGCUGCUGCACAAGCUGCUGCAUCUAGUCGAGAAAUAGAAUCCGAACAAACCACGAAUAAGCAAGAUCUAUCGAAUAGCCCUCAUCAAUCUUGCCUUAUACAAACCACGAACAAUUGUGAUAAAGAGUCUCGACGAUCAUCAGCUUUUCGUUCUAUAGUGUCUCUUCCACUUCCUAAUACACUCCAAGAGGGCUUUGUUUCAAUAUGUGUUUCCAACGAUCAGAAGGACUCUACGACUUCGGCUCAUGGGUUAAAUGAAUUUUCUUUUGUAGUAUCUAAUUUCAAAAAAGUUGGACUUCGAAGAAAAACCAUUCCCGAAGUUUCAAAGAGUUUCGAUCCACCUAAUAUUAGUAACUCUUCAACAAAUUCACAGGAUGUGGUUUCACAGAACACUAGUUUAACUCAUAAUUUUGAUCAGAAGUCGAAUAUAAUUGGAAAAAAUGAUGAUGACACGUUGUGCGAAUUACCUUCUCAAUCAUCGUCCGAUAUUGGAGAUGUAACAGCAUCACCAUCAUCCAAAGACUUGAGUUCUGUAGCGGGGACCAAAAGAAAACAUGAAGAAAUCAUUGAUGAGACACGAUGCCUUUGGGCAACGUGUGCAGCAGUAUUUAGUUCCAUUGAUGACCUAAUACCACAUCUUUCAAAGUUGCACGUGGCUGGUCGUAGUAAGGGCAACUUGUGCCGGUGGGCGUCGUGUUCCAAGGAAAAGGAAGGAAGCGAUGAGCUGAUUCAACAUUUAUUCUCAGAUCAUCUAAGAACGCAAAAUCCACAACACGGAUGCAAGUGGCAAGGAUGCUAUUUACGAUUUGUGACAUUCGAAGAGUUGACAGGUCACGUUAGCGAAGGUCACAUUGGUUGUGGUAGAAGUGAAUAUAUUUGUUAUUGGGAACAAUGCGACCGAAAAGGACGCCCAUUUACGCAACGUCAAAAGGUCAUGAGGCACAUACAAACUCACACAGGUAACAAUUCUAUGAUAAUGAAUGAAUUUAUUCCUUUGGUAUCGGUCACAUUUACUCAAACUCAAACAUUCUCCACAGGAGAUAAGCCGUAUCAAUGUACCAUUUGCAAAAAAAGAUUUUCAGAAGCCAAUAUAAUGACCCAACACAUGAGAACACAUACUGGUGAAAAGCCCUAUAAGUGCCCAGAACCUGAAUGCGACAAGACGUUUUCGAUUUCCGGGGCUCUUACCAUACAUUUGCGUGUACACACGGGUACUUGA